GCUAGCUCUGUACAAUGGAAAAUGAGCUAAGUCAGCUGCAAACAAAAACCCUAAAAACGUACCUACCUUACCUAGCUAGGCUACUUGUCAUGCAUGGCCACUGGAAAGUGAAAACAGAACCCCCCAAGAAGAAAAGGCAGGUUUUUAUAUAUAAAUAAAUACAAUUGAAAACAGAGCAAGUAAAAAUUGACAAGAGAGAAGGGUUUGUUAGUGUUCACUGUUCAGUACUUGUAAUUGAAAGAGGAAGAAGAAGAAGAAGAAGAACAAUUGACUCCACAGACUGAAACAGUGAAAAAGAAUUAAACAAUACAAAAAUGUAAAAUAUAUGAGUACGUUACGUAUCAGCAGGCAGGCCAGCUGGUUCCUCUCUGCUGCAAAAUUUACCAAACCGAAGAUCUUUUGAGAGACCUUCAGAUUUGGGAGAGAGAGAGAGAGAGAGAGAAGGAGACAGAAAUGGGGAUUCUGUGAGUCAUCUGCUGGCGCGGCUAAGAUUUGCAGAGCGGGGGUCCGACCAUUGCAGAAGAGAGCGUUGCGACAAUCGAAGAAGAAGAAGAUGCUGAUGUACGCCAUUUCCUAAUAGAGAAGAAAUUAUAAUGGGAAAUUCUCGAUCCCUUCUUUCUCUUUAAUUUUAUCAAAUAAACUUGUAGGGGGAGAAAACUACAUCACAAUUCACAACCAUUGGAUUCAUCGUUUUCAUGAAAAAGCCUCCGUAACUAAAAAACAUGUCUCACUUCUCUCUCUAAAGGUCAUCUUCUCUGAACCAAACAACGGUUCUUUUCCCGUCCCCCAAACUGGGACUUCUCUAGCUCUAACAAAGAGCCAUCAGUGGUUAAUCUCAAUCACCAUUAAUCAUCCCAAACCUUCUGUUCCCCAAAUUGUUGGUGGGAGAACCAUUAUUCCAGGGGCAGGGAAGUUUCUUCUGCUGAUUGGACUACCUGGAAAAGAAAGUAAAGAAGGCAUUAAGAAGAGGGAAGUGUGGAAACCUCCAGACGGCGGCAAUAAAGUCUCCACCAGCCAAAGCAUAGGAAGGAGAAGUGAAUGAAAAGGGGCUAAAUCAAUUGCAAAAUCUGUGAUCAGUGACAAUACAAUCUACAUCGAUCAAACUAGAGGCAACAUUGAGCCAAGAGCCCAUGUUCUGGCAGCGGAAAAACAGGGGAAAACUCUGGUUAGUCUCCAGGGAAAUUAUGAAGGGAUUGACAAGAAGGAUAGCUACCGCAAUCAAGAGGAAAGAUAGGCGAACAGGAAUGGAAGAAGAAAUAAAGGGAGGAGAGAUUGGGGAAGAGAAGGUUGUGCGCACAAUCCUCUGUCUGCUACCUUUUCUCUAUGUUUCCUUCAGAUCACAAAUCCCUCUUUUCGUGAGAAGGAAAACCCUCAAUCUCAAACCAAACUACUGUACCUAUCAAUGGAAUCCAUCACAAAUGAAGCAACCAACAACCAAAGGAAGGAGAGCCUGGUCCCGACAGCAUCCAGGGGCAAGGGGGGCGCCUUGUCCUGUCCUCGACUGGUGGAAGAGGAAUGUCCAUGCUGCUGGGGAAGAUGUUAACAGAAAGCAAAGUAGCAGUGGCAAAGGCAAAGGGGGCUGGAGAAGCUCGAUACGCGUGGGGCUGCUAUGGAGAAGUCAACAUCCAGCCCACUGAAACCCGGAAUCUUUUCUUAUUCACAUUCAGCAACGCCGAGAUCAGAGACAAGAUCUGGAGGGACAGGCCCUGGAGCUUGUCUAACACACUGACGGCGAUUGAAAGGUAUAAUGGAAGAGGGAAGCCUGAAGAUGUCGCGAUCGAGAAGAUGGCAACGUGGGUUCAAAUCCAUGGGCUACAUCAAAAUCAAAGGAACGAGGAGAAUAUGGUGACUAUUGGCUCGAGCUACUUCUUGGGGCUGCUGGACCUGGACAGAGCAAGCUUGGAGUACACAGGAUACAGGAGGUUCCUUCGCAUUCUGGUCGAGGUGGACAUCAGGGAGCCUGUUCCAACAGGGUUCGAUUUUCCUUUUCUUGAUGAAUCCUCAGGAGUGGAGCACUGCGAGGUUAUUGAUUUCAAAUACGAGAGAUUGGUGGAGCUGUGCUACUUUUGUGGCAGAAUCGGGCAUAACUGGCCGACUUGUAGGAGAAUGAACGAGGAGAGAAAGAAGAACAGCGUAGCCUACCUGUCGGAGGUCUACACAGCGACUCUCAAGGCGGGGGUUGACUCGCCUCAUAGAAGCUCUGCUUCUCAAUCAAGAAACAGGGAAGAGGGUUGUAUCGAAGGAGUGAAGAGGUUGGAAGCAGCUGGGCGGAGGAGAGGGGUGGAGCAACAGGGGGAACCCAAAAAUACCCCCUGGUUUCACAAUCCAGAGGGCUGAGGAAGCUCAUGUCGGUAGGUUUUCGUCUAUGGCUUUUUGCACAAAUCAUCGCCUUUGUGUUUUGUUAUUGUUCGCUAGGUUUUCGUCUAUGACUUUUUGCACAAAUUAUCACCUUUGUGUUUAGUUAUUGUUCGCUAGGUUUUCAUCUAUGGCUUUUUACACAAAUCAUUGCCUUUGCCCACCAUUUUGCACCUCAUCUCAAAAUACUAUCGACGGAAUCCUAAAUAGUUAUUGUUCCCCACCACCAUUUUCCAAUGCAGCUACCACGAGUUUUGUAUCGGGACCGAGUUUCAUCCUCUUUAGUGCUUUUUCUUUCUUUUUUCCUUUUUGUUCAGCAUGAUCACAAUUGAACCAAAACACAUGGGUAUCCUAACUUGAACGCAAAUGAUCGCCUUUGGCCACCAUUUUGCAGCUCAUCUCAAAAUACUGUCGGCGGAAUCCUAGGUUGUUCCCCACCAUCGUUUUCCAAGGCCACUACCACGAGUUUUGUAUCGGGACCGAGUUUCGUCAUUUUUAGUGUUUUUUCUUUCUCUUUUUCCUUUUUGUUGAGCAUGAUCACAACUAAACCUAAUGUCACUAC